UCAGGAAGAUUAAAAAACAAUGAUGGGAUCUUCUGGUUUUUUGCCAUCUGGGUCUUUGUUGGAAUCAUUGAUUCAUUUGUCCAAUGAAGUGUCUUCAAUCGAAAAGCUUCCGUUUGUACAAGGAAGGAACAUUUCGACAAUGAUAAGGAGGAUCAAAGUUCUUACAUCUUUGUUCGAAGAAAUUAAGGAAACCAGCAGUACUACUACUACACAACUCCCUCCAUCAUCGGUGUUGUGUCUCACCGAGCUUUUCUCGGUGAUCCGUCGAGUUAAAGUGUUGAUGGAAGGUUGCAAAGAUAGUAGUUCCCUUUGGGGACUGAUUCAGACAGAGACCACAUCGAAUCAGUUCUUUGUGUUGGUGAAGGAGAUUGGUCGGGCAUUGGAUAUUUUGCCUUUGAGUUUGCUUAAUGUAACUGCGGAUAUCAGAGAACAAGUCGAGCUUCUUCAUAAGCAAGCGAAACAGGUCGAAUUGUUCGUCGAUCCAAGGGAGGUCCAACGAAGGGAUGAGCUUCUCAGAUUAAUGGCUUCCAACAAUGAUAAGAACAACCGAUGUUCGAUCGACUUCAAAGUGGUGAAACACGUAUUUAGCAGCAUUGGUAUGAGAGGUUCGUUGGAUUACGAGGAGGAAAUAUCGAAGCUUGAGGCUGAAGCACAGAAGCAGGCCGGUACCGGUGGAUUGAUCGUUGUUUCCAACAUAAACAAUCUCCUAUCACUCGUUUCUUAUUCAAAAUCCAUGAUUUUUUGUGAAGAAAUCGAGAAACAUGACAACAAACAGCCUAGCGUUUCCGUAAGUAGAAAUAUCGAUCGGUCUUCGUCUUCUCAAUCCAUGUUGUUUAAUAUCCCCGACGAGUUUCGCUGUCCGAUCUCACUCGAUUUGAUGAAAGAUCCUGUGAUUGUAUCGUCGGGGCAUACAUAUGAUCGGAACUCAAUAGCGCAAUGGAUCAACACCGGACACCAUACAUGUCCGAAAAGCGGGCAGAGGUUGAUUCAUAUGGCCCUCAUACCCAACUAUGCACUCAAGAGCUUAGUGCAUCAAUGGUGUCAAGAGAACAAUAUUCCACUAACAGAAUGCUCCUCGAAUGUGUCGGAGUCGGAGAUUAAUAGCAAGCAAAAAGCAUCUGAGAAAGCCAUUGAUCACAUUUCUGCUACGAAAGUGGCCAUCUAUUCUGUCAAAAUGACCGCCGAGUUCUUGGUCGGGAAGUUAGCUAUGGGUUCCCUUGAUAUCCAAAGGCAGGCAGCUUAUGAGCUGAGGUUGCUUGCGAAAACCGGAAUGAAUAAUCGCAGGAUAAUCGCAGAAGCAGGAGCUAUACCGUUUCUCAUGACAAUGCUAACUUCCAAUGAUCCGAGAAUCCAGGAAAAUGCUGUCACUGCCUUGCUUAAUCUUUCCAUUUUCGAUAACAAUAAAAUCUUAAUAAUGGCAGCCGGUGCUAUUGGCAACAUAGUCGAAGUGUUGGAAUUGGGGAAAACCAUGGAGGCAAGAGAGAAUGCAGCAGCUGCAAUUUUUAGCCUGUCAAUCAUAGAUGACUUCAAGGUAGCCAUCGGAGCUCAUGCUCGAGCGAUUCCAGCCCUCAUCUGCCUCCUCAAAGAAGGGACGACGACCGGAAAAAGGGACGCCGCAACAGCAUUGUCCAACCUCGCACUUUAUGGUGCUAACAAAGCAAACAUUGCGGUUGCCGGGGCAGUUCCUUUGCUGAUUGAAUUGUUGAUGGAUGACAAAGCAGGCAUAACAGAUGAUGCCUUGGGAGUGUUGGCUCUACUCUUGAGUUGUCCUCAAGGGCUUGAAGAUAUUAAAAACAGUAGAGCUUUGGUGCCUCUUCUUAUCGAUCUCCUGAGAUUCGGAUCAGCCAAAGGGAAGGAGAACUCAAUAACACUUUUGCUCGGGUUGUGCAAAGACGGUGGAGAUGAAGUCGCGAGACGGCUUUUGAUAAAUCCACGAAGCAUUCCUUCACUACAAAGCUUGGCUGCUGAUGGAUCUCCGAAAGCUCGAAGAAAGGCCGAUGCACUGCUUAGAUUACUCAACAGAUGCUGCUCGCAAUCUCACAAUCCUGUCUGA